AUGGAGGGAUCGGCGACAGAGGGAAAUCACGGAGGCGAUCCCCGCGCCAAGCAUGCCGCAACCAAGGAGUCCGAGGCGGCGGCAACGCAACACCAUCUGACGCUGCUCCAGCCGACCGUGGUCGAAGUUUCUGCAGCCGUGCUGGAUAAGGACGAGGUGGGGGAGCACGAGUCGGUGGGGCCGGUCGGUGGCUCUCCACCUUCUGGUGGACGGGGGAGGUGUAGGCAGAGGAAGAGCGAUGGGGAGGACGAUUAUGACACCGCCGUGCCCGGGGACCUUAUUACGCGGGCGAAGAGGCGGCAGAGGACAGGUAGUGCUGACGACGCCGGAGGCGCGGCAGUUGGGACACCGCGAGGCGCCAAGGAAGCUAGUGGCAAGGCGAGCGGUCAAGCAUUGCGCCAGAAGGGCCGACCCGCAGCAAGAAAAGCAUCCGGCGGAAGGAGAGGCAAGAAAGCAGCGACGAGAACAAAGCCAAAACGGGGCGAUGAAGACCCCGGUGAUGCGGAGGAGGAGGAGGAUGAGGAGGAGGAUGCGGAGGGAGAGGAUGAAGAGGAAGCGGAGGAGGAUGACGCGGAUGUUGGGGAGGGUGAAAAAUAUGAGAAGGAUGGUGGGGAGGACGAAGAGGAGAAGGAGGAGGAGGAGGAGGAUGAGGAGGAGGAGGAGGAGGAGGAGGAGGAGGAGGAGGAGGAGGAGGAGGAGGAGGAGGAGGAGGAGGAGGAGGCAGAGGAGGAGGAGGAGGAGGAGGAGGAGGAGGAGGAGGUAGAGGAGGAGGAGGAGGAGGAGGAGGAGGAGGAGGAGGAGGAGGAGGAGGAGGAGGAGGAGGAGGAGCAAGGUGACAACGAGGAGGAGGAUGUGGAGGAGGAGGAGGAGGAGGAGGAGGAGGAGGAGGAGGAGGAGGAGGAGGAGGAGGAGGAGGAGGAGGAGGAGGAGGAUUUGGCGCCAGUGAUGGGACGAGGCGGGCGUGGCAGACGGGUGAGUGGUACAGGGAAGGAGGGGGGCCGGACUCGCCCUUCCCGAAAACGCGGGGCAGUUGACGCUGCGCGCGGCGAAGCAUCGGGCAAACCGAAUUCGCGUAAGGUGAAGGUAAAAAGCAAGGGAGCCAGGGAGCAAAAGGGGAUGGAGGAGGAAAGGGUGGCCGCACCAAAGGGGUUCCAGGCGGUCUCCCCUCUCGCCGAUCUUUCGCGCGGGCAUCAGGCAGGCAGUUAUGCCAAUCCCUUCCCUGAGCUCCCCUUUUCCCGCCAGCGUGAUGGUGUGAGGGCACACGGGACUGCUGCAGAAGACGUUGAUCCCCUUGGCCAGAGGGGGGAUUCUUCACACCCUUUUCCUCCGCUCAUGGGUGCCCUAGGUGAAAGUGCGGAGCACGAGCAUUUUGUUACACGGGAGGAGUUCCAGGCGCUGCGGUCUGAGAUGUAUGCCAUGUUUGCACAGCUUGGCCUGCGUCGUGGAGUACCUGCCAGCUAUGCCGGCGGGUCGGCAGCCCUGCCUAUGGCUGGUACCCCGCCGCCGAUGAGCGCCGUGGACAAGGCACGAGUGCUAGUGUUGUAG